AUGAGAUCAGAGACACUAACAAUGGUGCUGGUAAACUUAGCAGGAAUAAUGGAGCGAGCAGAUGAGUCAUUGCUUCCUGGAGUUUACAAAGAGGUUGGUGCAGCCCUUCAUACAGACCCUACUGGGCUUGGCUCAUUGACCCUGUUUAGAUCCAUUGUUCAAUCCUUAUGUUAUCCACUUGCCGCUUACCUUGCUGUCCGCCAUAACCGGGCCCAUAUCAUUGCUCUUGGCGCUUUUCUUUGGUCUGCUGCCACUUUCCUCGUCGCCUUCUCCUCCACCUUCUUCCAGGUUGCAGUAUCAAGGGCAUUGAAUGGUAUUGGACUUGCUAUAGUAAUACCUGCAGUACAAUCCCUCGUCGCAGACUCCACUGACGACAGCAACCGUGGCACAGCAUUUGGGUGGUUACAGCUCACAGGAGGCCUAGGCUCAAUUCUCGGAAACCUCUGCUCCGUCUUAAUAGCCUCAACAUCGUUCAUGGGAAUUCCUGGUUGGAGGCUUGCUUUCCAUUUGGUUGGCAUAGUCAGUGUCAUAGUUGGCAUUCUGGUGGGUCUCUUUGCAAAUGAUCCCCGCUUUGACAAUGAAUCUGAAAUGAACAUUAUAGAUGAGGAUACACAGAUGUCUUUUUGUCUAGAAAUGAAGGAGGUUUUACAAGAAGCAAAAUCAGUUGUCAGAGUUCCUUCUUUUCAGAUACUUAUUGCUCAGGGUGUGUCUGGUUCUUUUCCAUGGUCAGCAUUUUCAUUUCUACCUAUGUGGUUGGAGCUUACCGGCUUCUCUCAUAAGACUACCGCGUUACUUAUAACUAUAUUCGCGAUUACUUGUUCUAUGGGAGCUUUAUUUGGAGGUAAAAUGGGUGAUAUUCUUUCAAGGCAUUUGUCUAACUCCGGAAGAAUUAUUCUGUCUCAGAUCAGUGCUGGUUCUGCUGUCCCACUAGCAGCUAUACUAUUGUUGGGAUUACCUGAUGCACCUUCCUCCGCCUUCUUGCAUGGUUUAGUUUUCUUUAUUAUGGGACUCAUAAUCAACUGGAAUGUAGCUGCCACCAACAACCCUAUAUUUGCAGAAAUAGUACCUGAGAAACAUCGAACAAGCAUAUAUGCAUUGGAUUGCUCUUUCGAGUCUACACUAGCGUCAUUUGCUCCUGCGAUAGUAGGAAUCCUAGCUCAGCAUGUUUAUGGAUAUAAGCCAGCCGAAGCAGGAUCAUCAGAUGUUGCAGCAAUUCAAACAGACAGAGAAAAUGCUGCAUCACUUGCUAAGGCUCUGUAUACAGCCAUUGGUAUGCCAUUUGCAAUUUGCUGCUUGAUCUAUUCUUUCCUUUAUUACUCAUACCCGAGAGAUAGAGAACGCGCGAAGAUGCAAGUUUUAAUAGAAUCAGAGAUGCAGUUAAUGGAGGAUCAUGCUUUUCCUACAAGAGAAGUAGAUUCUCCCCUUAGAUUUACAGAAUCAGAUUAUCCAAGUUUUAAAGAUAGAAGUUUUAUAGGUAUUGAAUAUGAAGAUAGAGGUGAUGAAGUUCUUAAAUUCAACGAAUAUGAUGAGAAGACCAUGGUUACUCCUCGAGUACCUCUUAUUGAUUCUAGAAAACCAAUGUGA